UAUGUCUGAUAAGUUUGAAGUUUUUUCCGGAAAGAAGUUUCAAUUGCAAAAUAUUCGUAUUGAUUUUGGAAAAAUCUCUUUCAAAGAUAGCCUUCACAUUUUAAAGGAACAUCAACUAAAGAGGGUUCACUUUAAGAAUGCAAAGAAGGCUUUUUCUAAAUGGCAUCAAAUCAUUAACACAGAGUCUAUAUACUGCUUAGGAUUAACUGAAUUUGAUGAAGUAGAACGAAUAAUUUCUAAGGAUGGAAUAGAAAUUUAUGACCUUUUAAAACUAGAAACGACUGUUUUACGAUACUUUCCGUAUCUAAUAUCUCUAAAUGUAUCAAAUUCUACUUUUAACAAUGACGACCUUCGUUUGACAUCUGAUUUGCAUCCAAAACUUCAAAACAUAUGCCUAUCUAAUACCUUCGUAAAUAACAUAAACAUUCUUAGCUAUUUUAAAGAGUUGAGAAAAAUUUCUGUUGGUCGUUCAGAUUUGGGAAUAUCUGUUGAAGGCUUUUCAGAUAGGUUAGAAUUUUUGGACCUAUCUCGAAAUACUUCUGCGCAUAAGACGUUUCAGAAAGAGUGCAGCUUUCCUAAUCUGAAAUACUUGGAUAUUUCUCAAAGUAAUGGAUUUGAAAAGAUUGAUAUAAGGUAA